AAAUGUGUAGCUUUGACUGCUCUUAUAGUGUUGACAUUAUUCAACCAGAGCUAUUUAUAUAUAAAUAGACUCAACUAUACAUCAAAUUAUAUUCAUCCCACCACCAAACAACUUUAUUUCAUUGCUAUCCUAAGAUGGAAAACUGGUUUCUCCUUUGGGUUGUACUUCUUCUUUCUCAUUCUCUAACCCAUUCAUCUUCAUCUUCAUCUUCUCCUUUGCCUUCUCCCUUGUGUCAUUCUGCUGAGAGCUAUGCUUUGCUCCAAUUCACCAACUCAUUUUCCAUUAAUCCAAAUAUGUUCAACAUCUGGUUCAAUAUUAUCAUGUAUAAUCCAAAAACAGUAUCUUGGAAGAAUGAUACAGAUUGUUGUUCAUGGGAUGGAGUGUUGUGUGAUCCUAUUUCAGGUCAUGUCAUUGGCCUUAAUUUGAGUCAUAGCUUUCUUGAAGGCUCUUUUCCCUCCAACAGUACCAUUUUCUCACUAGGCCAUCUCCAAGCUUUAAUCCUUGACUAUAAUGAUUUCUAUGGCUCUCCAAUUCCAUCUGAGUUUGGCAGUUUUGCCAACUUGAAAAGGCUAAGCUUUGAUGCUGCAAAUUUCUCUGGCUAUGUACCUAUCGAAAUAUCUCACCUCUCUAAAAUGACUUAUCUCACCCUUUCUAUAAAUGAUAUUAUUCUGGAGACUUAUGUCUUGAAAAGAAUGCUUCAAAACUUCACCAAUCUCAAGGAACUUUCUUUGUCUUUUGUCAACAUGUCUAAUGUUGACGUAGUUAGCUCGUUCAUGAAUGUAUCAUCUUCUUUGAUGUUUCUUUAUCUCGAAUCCUGUGGAUUGCAAGGGAAAUUUCCAGAAAAGGUCUUUCGCUUACCAAACCUCCAAAACCUCAGUUUAUGGGACAACUAUGAUCUUAUUGGUUCCACGCCUACAUUCAAUUGGAGCAGUCCACUCGGGUACUUAUCACUUUCCAGCACCAAAAUCUCUAUUGAUUUACCAUACUUGUGUACAAGUGCCAAGUCUUUGCAGAGUUUGUAUCUUCAUAAUUGUAGUUUUGUAGGAUCAUCAUAUCCUAUAAUGUUGACUAACCUCACUCAAUUAGUACAACUCACUUCUUUAGGCCUCAAUUACAACAAUUUUGGGGGCCAAUUCCCGUUGCAUUAUCUCAAUCUUCACAACUUCAUCUAUUUGGGUCUUUCUGGAAACAAUUUCGUUGGUAAGAUUCCGGAACUUCCAAAAACAAACUCCACCCAAAGCCCACUACCUAAACAGUUAGAAUCCCUCGCCUUAUCUGAUAACUUGUUCAGUGGACCAAUACCUUCUUGGAUAUAUUCCAUUCCAUUUUUACGUCGUUUAUACUUGUCUUAUAAUAACCUUACUGGCCCAAUUAAAGAAUUUCAGUCAAAAUUUGUUGAAGACCUAAUGUUAGAUUCCAAUAAACUAAAUGGUGAGAUUCCAAACUCAAUCUUUCAACUAGAUAAGCUUCAAUGGCUAGAUCUCUCAUACAAUGAUUUGGAUGGUGUUGUGGAGUUAAGCAAGCUUUCAAUGUUAAAAAAUCUUUGGAGUCUUGACCUUUCUUUUAACAAAUUCAUUGUGCACUCGAAUAACUUUCCAAAAAAUAAUCCUUUUCCUCGACUUCGAUAUUUGAGUUUGGCCUCCUGCAAUAUUAGUGCAUUUCCACAUUUUCUUAAAAGCAUGGAAAACCUACAAAGCCUACAACUUUCCCACAAUCAAAUUCACGGCAGAAUUCCUGAAUGGCUAUGGAAUAAUGGAACAAGUUCGUUGUCUGAUUUGAACAUUUCUCACAACUUUUUGACAAAUGUAGAGCAAAUUCCAUUUAAACACUUAAAUUAUUUGGAUCUUCGCUCUAACAUAAUUCAAGGACGUCUUCCAAUUGUUCCACCUUCACUGAUAAUGUUUUUCAUCUCAAAUAAUCAUCUAUUUGGAGAGAUACCAUCUACAUAUUGCAAUUUGAAUAAUUUGACUAUCCUUGAUUUAUCUAACAACAGUAUUCAUGGAGGAAUUCCCUCAUGCCUUGGAAAUAACUCCUCUCUCUCUGUAUUGGAUCUGCAUAUGAAUAAUUUUAGUGGAGAAAUCCCUCAUGAUAUGUUUGAAAAUUUAACUGAUUUGAGAAGCCUGCAUUUUAGUGGCAAUCAUCUAGAAGGUUCCCUACCACGCUCUUUGCGCAAAUGCCAAAACUUGGAAGUUUUAGAUGUGGGCACUAACAAGAUAAAUGAUACAUUUCCUCAUUGGUUGGAACAACUUCCAAUGCUUCAAGUUCUUGUCUUCAAAUCCAACAGAUUCCAUGGUUCCAUAGGAGCGCCUAAGGUUAAACAUCCCUUCCGCAAGUUGCAAAUCAUAGAUCUCUCUGACAAUGAUUUCAAUGGUCGCUUACCAACAAAGCAUUUCGAAAGUUUCACGGCUAUGAUGGGUGAACAUACAAUCGGUAACUUGACACACAUUGGAGAAAUUCGUUACCAAGAUUCUGUAAUUGUGGUAAUGAAAGGUUUUGAGCGUGUGCUAGAAAAAAUCUUAAGUAUUUUCGUAACAAUCGAUUUUUCUAGAAACAACUUUGAAGGAGAGAUUCCAAAGUCGAUUGGAAAGUUGAAAUCACUUAAAGGGCUCAACUUCAAUAAAAAUAAACUAAAUGGAUCCAUUCCAACGUCAUUGAUUAGUUUGAGUAACCUUGAAUGGUUAGAUCUCUCUUCAAAUGAGCUGGUUGGAGAGAUUCCUAGUCAAAUGAGAGACUUGACACAACUUUCGUACUUAAACCUUUCAUACAAUAAAUUAGUGGGACCAAUACCUCGUGGAAACCAAUUUGAAACAUUCAACAAAGAUUUAUAUAUUGGAAACUUGGAAUUAUGUGGGCUUCCUGUGUCUAAAUCAUGUAAAAAUGGUGAGGUACAACCAAAAAAUGAUUAUGGUGAGAAACAUAUCAGCUGUCAUGGUAUAUUUGAUUGGAAGAUUGUGAUGAUGGGAUAUGGAUGUGGAUUAAUAAUCGGAAUAUCAGUGGGAUACAUGGUGCUUUACAAUGGAAGGUUUGAUUAUUGGUUGAGUAAAAAGUUUAGAGGAGGGCAACAACAAAGACAAGAACAACGUCGCAAAAGAAAUGCUCAUUUAAGAAGAUCAUGCUAGAAUGCCGAUUUAGUUGGCUCAUAUGAUCAAGCAAAGUGGUGACUUUUGAUGGAACAAUGUUGGAGAGGUUUGCCUCUGUUUACAAGCAUGCUCAUGGUCUCCCUAGACUACUGCGUGGGAUUUCACCUUAUCUUUUGUUUUUUAAGUCUUGUUUUCCUAUAGAUAUGCUUUCAUUUUGGGUGAAAAUAGAUAAUAUUUUAUUUCCUUUUUGUAAGCUAGGUGUUAUUUUAUGUAUUGUUAUAUUUAAAAUUGGUUCCCUUGUUAUUA